UCGCUGUUUAAACAGCUGAUCACCAAAAUAGUUUCCGCACGUGUGUCCCUUUUUUGAAUUGUAUUGUUUACUUUUUUAAAGGAAUUACACUUCACAAUGGGAAAGCACAAGAAGACGCAAAAAGUGAAGAAACAGCGCAAUGCGCAGCUUAAACGCUUGAUGAAGCCCACGGACGCCCGCAUCAAAGAUCAGCUACGGAAGAAAAAGAAGGCGGUCGAGGAUCCGCAUCAGCUCAAGGUGCACGAGGCCACCCAGCAGAGCUCCGCCCUGUUCUUCCAGUACAACACCCAGCUGGGUCCGCCUUAUCACGUCGUCCUGGACACGAACUUCAUCAACUUCAGCAUCAAGAACAAGCUGGACAUUGUGCAGGGAAUGAUGGACUGCCUGUACGCCAAGUGCAUACCCUACAUCUCCGACUGCGUGCGCGCCGAGCUGGAGAAGCUGGGCAACAAGUACAAACUGGCCCUGCGCAUCAUCUCCGAUCCCCGAUUCGAGCGACUGCCCUGCCUGCACAAGGGCACCUAUGCGGACGACUGCCUGGUGGAGCGGGUGCGCCAGCACAAGUGCUACAUCGUGGCCACCAACGACAAGGACCUGAAGAACCGCAUCCGGAAGAUUCCGGGUGUGCCCAUCAUGUACGUGGCGGCGCACAAGUACGCGAUCGAGCGUAUGCCGGAGGCGUACGGAGUAAAAACGUAGAUCCUUGACCUGUCUAUCCUAAGUGUAGAGUUUUAAAUAUUAAAGUAAUUUAAGCGGCA